AAUCAACGCCAGAUUAAUGCCGGAGCCCGGGCUAGGCUCAUUCCUAUUGGUCAGGAGCUUGCUAUCGGCGCAAUGAGCGCUGCUAACGCCACAAUGGAUGGGUGGAAGGGGAAGACAAACCAGCCUUUAAAAGCCAACCCGGUGGAGCUGUGCGCAGAGUGGGCGGGAUGGAAAUGAUUGACACCAAAGUAGGCCAAUAACCCUAAUGAAUACUUAGCUGCAACCAAUCGGCCUCGGCCGUAGGCCGUGUUGGGUGGUUGUUGUGGGGGCGGGGUAGACAUGGGUCCGUGCUGAAAUAGAGAGAGAAAAAAAAAUACCGUGCGCAGAAAGGAAAACUUGCCGGGUGCAAAAGUUUUUUUUUGUAAGCGUCUGCAUAGUUACGGGUUGGGUGAGACAAUGAAAGGCUUGUUUUCCUAUUCUCUAGAACUUUCGGCUUAGCUCGCCUCCUUCUGCUCCCAACCCCUUUUAUUUUGUUUUAAAUUCCGGCCGUUAUUUUAAACGUUAAACGUUAAACGGCCCUUUGUUCCUUGGAACGGUUGUUUUUUUUUCGCUUGGCCGCUCGCUUGCUGUCAGACUGCAGGAAGAUGGACUGCGAGCCGAACCGGGCGCGCCUGAUGUGCAUGUUGUGGCUGACAUUCGGCUUCUUCGUGGUGGAGGUGGUGGUGAGCCGGCUGACCAGCUCGCUGGCCAUGCUGUCCGAUUCCUUUCACAUGCUGUCAGAUGUCAUCGCCUUGGUGGUGGCCCUCAUCGCCGUGCGAUUCGCCGCCAAAACCCAGUCGACUGCCAAGAACACGUUCGGCUGGAUCCGCGCCGAGGUGAUGGGAGCACUAGUUAAUGCCGUCUUCCUCACGGCGCUCUGCUUCACCAUCGUGCUGGAGGCCAUCGAGCGCUUCAGCGAGCCGCGGGAGAUCCAGAACGCGUUGGUGGUGACCGGGGUCGGCGCCGCCGGGCUCCUGGUCAACCUCCUGGGACUCUGCAUGUUCCACGGCAGCGGCGGUGCCGCCGGCGGAGGAGCGGCCCACGGCCACUCGCACUCUCACUUGCACGUCUCUAGCUCGGAGAGCGGCGGCCAGUGGCUCCGCAAGAAGAAGAGGGCCGAAGCCGAGAAGUUGUCCGGCAACGGGACGAGCGUCCGCGACCAGGAGGAGAUCAACAUCCUAGUCAGCGGUAGCGCCAUCAAUGGUGUCAACCCCGACAAGCAGGAUGUAUUCGGUACGUGUGGGAGCGGGGACUCCCCGGCUUGUCAACGCUAGAUACUAACACCCUUUAUUCCCCCCACCCCCAAGUUGGGGCCAGCCCUACUCGCUGGGAACGGGUCUGCAAUCUCGGCCUGAUCGAAAAGAACAAAACCUUUUCUGUGUGCCCCCAGUGGGAAGGUGAAAGAUUCAUUCAUUUUGUGUUUGCUUGUAGUAAAGUGUCAUGACCGAUUUGAACUCGCACCGCAAGCUCAUCUCUCUCUAUUUAAUUCUGAUGUCGCCCGAAAAAUUCCAGUGAAAGGAGCACGUUUAUCCUAAUAGGGCUCCACUGGCAAACGUAUUUUUGUGGCAUUACUUGGCGUUGUUUCAGUAUAUUUUGCUUCAGAUGACGGCUGAGAUGACUUUAAGCCACGGAAAUAAUCAGUUAACCUUAACUUAAAUUUCUAAUCAGUUAGAUUUGUGCUGUAUCCGGUUUGUGGCUAAUAUCUAGUACUGUCAGUUUGUGCUUCACCAAACAGCACAGUAUUGAAUGUCGACGGUGGUGGUGAGGUGUGCGACACAACCUAUUUGUAGAUAUUUUCAAUUAACCUGUUCAGGUAUCACAAUAGCCUCGGCCAGGUGGCACUUUAACACGGAACAACCAAUUUGUAUCCUUUUUGGCAUGUUACAAAAAUCAAUGUUGAUACAAAUUUUGUUUUUAAGUAUAUUUGAUUUUGGGUGCAAGGUUUCUUUGGGUUACCUUUUUUUAAUCUCUUGUGAAUGUGCUCAAUCAGUGGAAUACAGUUUUGAAUAAUAGAGCUGCUGGAAUGUGGUGAUUAAAUUCUGUUUUGUGUUUAUGUUCCCAUUCAAGCUUUAGCAUCAUUGGUGUAUAUUUCUCCUGAGAUAUUGGUCCAUUUUAGGAGUC